CAUCAGUCAAUCGGUUUUAUCUAGAAAGUGAUGAAAGAAUUGUUGAAAUCGAAAUAGUUUCGUCAUUGAUAAGAAAGUCGCAGUCGGAUAACUUGCUUUUUUCCGUCUUUUUAAUUAUGAUUAUUACUGCCUCUGAGGCUUUUAAUUUCGAUUCGAGUACUGAAAGUAAUAGUGACGAAGCCAUGCCUGCUAUAAUGAGUAGUAAUUCCGCUCCGCUAGUAGCGCGUCCGAGGCCGAUUGCUACAAUAUGUCUCUGGGCGCCGGGCCUCUGUGGUGGUCCUGAUGCCCCUGGGGAGGCCAGGGGCGCACCGCCGCCGCCGCCGCUGCGGCUAACUUUCCGUACGGCACGUCAACCAUGGGACGCCGUCCUCAGGGGGCGCACGCUCUACGUGGCCCUGCCGGCCCAAGUGCUGCCGGGGGGCUCGCGCGAGGCCUUCGUCUCCCUGCUCGAGGCCGCCGAGGAGCAACUCAAAUGCGAACACGUCGUCGUGGUCUUCGCGUCCGAUCGUCCGGACAGGGCCGUUCUGGUUAGAACGUUCAUGUUCCUGGGUUUCGCCGUGCUGUCGCCCACUUCGCCCCUGGUGCCGCCCCCAAUGGCCACCGGCAACGUUUGCAUGCUCUACAACAUCGAAUAAUCAAAGGAAAAAAAUGCAAACGCAGCCUCGGACGUCGUGAGUUUUGUUCACUCCGCUUGGUUUUAAUUUCUUCUUGUAUCUUUUAACGAAUAUUCGUAGCUUGUAAGGUGCUUAGAAUUGGAUGAUUAUGUACGUUGUUUAUUGUCAAUUUGAAUACUACUGUAUUGUUUAAGGUACCCUUAAUUGUCAUUCUUUUUUGGAUACUUAAUGCAGUUUGUUAACUUCUGGUGAAUUAAAUUUUGUUUCAGUUAUAACUUCAAAAAUGGUUCUUCGCCAAAUAAGGACAAAAAUUGGAUUUUUCAAUUGUUUAAAUGAGCUAUGAAAUAUUUUAUUUUAAGUGCAUUUUCAUCCAUUUUAAAGCGAAUUUAUUUACAUGAUAAUAAUAGGCUAAGUUUGUCGUUUUUAAUUUUUAUUUCAUCCAUACUUUGUUUUUGGAAAAUUAGUGUUUUUUUAACAGUUUUAUCGAGUUUGUGUACUGUUUAAUCGAAAAUUUUAUUUUUCAAUUGAUUUCGGUCACUUCAUGGUUGAUAAUUUUAGAUAUAAUUUUCGAUGGUUAACAUCUUUUAGGUUUAAGUGUAUCUACAUUGUGAGUAUAAUCUAGUAUAUUCGUAGAAUGUGAACAAAACGAGACGAUAAAUAACAAAUAAGUACGGAAAGUUUAUUUAGCCCCUAUUAAAAAAUAAAUAAAAAAAAAUGUAUAAAAUAUCUUAAAAAUCUCAAAAAAAUGUGUAGUUUUAGUCUAACAUUAAUCGCUACUUUAAAUCACACCUAACUCUUAUUCUUAGAUGUGUUAAUUAACUUUGCUAGUUUAUUAUAAGGUUAGAUAAUUCCUGUAAGUAAAUAAUCUUGGUUAUUUUGUCAGUGUAAUUAUUAUUUCUUGUAUUAAACAUAUUAGUUACAAAUAAA